GUAAAUGAAUGAAUCUGAAAUCUGAAUUGAAUCAAUUAAAAAGAAACCAAACUGAGAGAGAAAUGGGAAUAGAAGAGGGAAGUAGGAAAGAAGGAAGAAACAGAGCCAGGGAAGAGGCACUACAAACUUACCCCAACACACUUUCUGACUUUCAUCACCACAAUGACCUCACCCUUCCUUCGGUGACCAAUCCACAACAUCUAGGGCACCUUUUAGCCAAACCAGGAACAUGGUCUGUGCCAACUCUGUCUAUUGAUGACACCUAUUUAGCUGCCACACCUCAACCUUCCUUCAGUGACCAAUCCACAACAUCUAUGGCACCAUUUAGCCAAACCAGGAACAUGGUCUGUGCCAACUCUGUCCAUGGAUGACCUAUUUAUGCUACAAAACUAAAAAGGGAUUCUGGUACAAAAAUGUACUAUCAAGUUCUCCCCUUGUACUGACAAAUUUGGAGUACAAUGGAAAAUCAAGAAUCCGGAUGUUUUAUUGGGUUGGAAUUAAUAGAACUGUACUACACCC